UAUGACUGCUGUGAGGUGAGAGGAGAUGAGGGACAGACCCUGGCACAUAGUAGGUACUCACGAAAUGGCAUCAUUGGCUCAUUCAUGACAUCACCCUUGUCCAAGGUCUCAAAUGGUACAUGAUCAUCCUGAUCGGGGUCCCGGUGGCCCUGGUCCUGCUUCUCUCCCUCCUCCUCUUAUUCGUCCUCCGACACCGAUGUCAGAGCAAAGGCAGGAUGUCAGGGACCACAGACCCAGAGCCCAAGGACAGAGGCCUUCAGAGCAGCUCCAGCCCAGCUGUGGACGCCCAGGAGGAGCACCUCUAUGCUGAUGUGACGGACCUGCAGCCUGGGGAGAGCGUGGAGCUGGACCCUCGGCAGAACAGGCAGGAUGAAAGCCCCCAGGGAGUGACGUACGCCCAGGUGAACCACUCAAGACCAAGACCUGGGCCGGGAAUGGCCACCUCUCCUUCCUCCCCUUCUGGGGGUUUGCUGGACCAGAAGGGAAGACAAGCAAAAGCGGACAGUCAGGCUGCUGCGUCUGAUGCCCUCCCACAUACAGCCUAUGCCCUGCUGAAAUGCUCGGCCCUCAGAUAGAGGACAACACCCCCUUCCUCCCAUCAGAGGAGCCCCCAGAUGAGUCCAGUGUGUACGCUGCUCUACCCAUCCACUAGCCCAGACCCCACAGUGCAGAGAGAGGGCCUGCCAGGACCCCUGAGGGCACUGGAGCGACCCCCAUGGACACUCAGUGCCCUGGCCAGUCUGGAGAUCUGACGUGGACCCCCAACUGCUCCUGGGAUGCCCCUGGGAGUCACCUGAUUCAUCAAUCACAGAUGACUAAUAUCCCUACAUUAUGGAAUCAAAGCAACAAACUUCUCAAUAACCAACGUGUGAAUUGAUUAUUGACAGGAAGUGAGCGAAUGCUUUCAAUGAAUGAUCAUGUAAAUAUUAUGCAUCAAGCCUAUGAAAUAAAAAAAUUAAGAGGCA